AUGAGUAACGAGAGCCAUCCAUCUCCGACAGGCUCUUCGUCUUCGUCAUUAUUCGGCGGUGGUGGUAGUAAUAUUGCUGGUGUUAGUGGACCUUCGCCUUAUCCCUCACCAUCAAAACCGACCUGGGCACAAAUUCUCAAUUCAAAUCCAAAUACCUCAUCAAAUACGUCUGCAUCAUCAUCAUCAUCAACAACAACAGUAACAGCAAAUACUGCAUCUACAGCAGGGAAUAACAGUGGUGGUGGUGGUGGUGGUGGAGUUGCCAUUGGUAAUUCACCUUCAUCUUCAUCACCAUCUUCUCAACAAUCAACAACAAUGAUUUCUGCAGGAGGAGGAGGUGCACACACAUCGGGUAUAACAUCAACGAUCACAAGCAGUUCACCAUCUCAAUUAACACCUUCAAACGGCGGCGUAUUUAAUUUUCCAGGAUCACGUACUGGUUUUAUACCAAAUUUUUAUGAACAACAACAGCAACAAUCUCAAAUGAAUUGGCCUUUAAAUUUUAAUCAAACAUCAUCAUGGGUGAUUGAUGAUGAUACACAACGACAUUCAAAUAUCGCUGGUUCUUCAUCACAACAAUCCGUUGAUUCUAAUCACAAAACACCAGGUGGUGGGGAUGGCUUUGAUCGACUUGAAUCAUCCAGUCCAACACCUGAUUGGGGUAAGCCGGUGACAACAAAUAAUUCAGCUGCUAAUGGUUGGUCCAAUUUCCAACAGCAACAACAACAACAAACACUUAAUAAUCCGUCCAGAUCGAAUACAGUUGGAAAUAGCAAUACAACAAGUAAUCAAUGGCCGGAAAUGAACAAUUUUUAUGGAACUAAUACAUCAACUAAUGUUCCAUUUAAUUUACCUCAAAGUAAUAACGAUAAUAUGAACAAUAAUAGUGCGUCGACAACUUGGCAAGAUCCAUCAAUGUCGAGUAAUGCUAAUGACACGCUUACGUUAACAACAGGUAGUAGCAGUAGUUCAGUGAUUAAUAAACAUAAAUCAUCAUCAUCAUCAUCUUCAAUGGCUGCUUCACUCAGUGGUGCACUUAAAUCGGCUAUAGCUCUUGGCGGUGCAAAUGUUGAUCUUUUAAGUGGAAGUACAGAUCCAACAAUAGUUUAUGUACCACAGCCUAAACUUGUUGAACAAUUAGGUUGGGAUGAACCUGAUAUAAAAGUAACAAAACGUGCAAAUUUUGAUGAUGGUACAUCAAUAUGGGGUGAUCCAAUGGAUUCAAUAUCAAUUCCAGUUAAAAAAUGGACUAAUGGAACAAAAGCAGUAUUAACAAAUUCAACAAAUAUUACUGUACAACAAAAACCAUCAAUUGUUCAAAAUCCAGUUUCAACAAAUAUGCAAACUUCAAAUCCAACAACAUCUUCAUCACAAAUGGUGCUUAAUGAUGAAAAUUGGACUAAACAACAAUCACCAACAUUACCACAGCAAUCAACGUCACAAUGGACUGAUGCAUCAACGUCAGUUGAACAAGGUACUCCACCACCAACAUCACAAACAGUAAAUUAUCGUACGCAACAAUCAGCACCAACUAAUUGGAAUACUCAGCCUCAACACUCAGCUCAUCAUGGUUCAGAUGAUUGGUUUCGUGAUGGUGUAGUUGAUACAAGUGAUUGGUGUCUACAAGGCUCGCAAAGUAAAGUUCCAUUUGAUCCAUAUGAAGGUCAAGUUGAUACUAGUAGUUGGGGAGUACAAGGAGGUGGUGGUGGUGGUGGUGGUGGUGGUGGUAUGGGUGGACCAUUAACAAUGCCACCAAUGAAUCGCAAUAGAUUUAUGAAUGAUUAUGAUCUCAAUGAAAAUACACAUGAUCCUCAUUCUAUACAUCGUAUGACUGGUUAUGAAAAUCAAUCAAUGGCUGAUCUAUAUCGACAAGGUUCGGAACUUAAAAAUCCAAUUAUGGGUCUUGGCGGUUUAUUACCUUCAUCAGGUAAUCCUCCACCACAUCAUAUGUUACCACCAUCUCAACUGCCAUUUGCUCCACGACCUGGUCCACUUUAUCAACAAAAUAGUAUUCUACGACCAAUGAAUCCAAAUGGUAUUCCAACACCAUCCGGUGCUAUAAUGGGUACUGGUAGUCUUAUAUCACCAAAAUUAUCAACAACAUCACCUGUACCAAAUCAAGCACCAUAUGUUCCGUUGGCAGCUAAACAAAGUAAUAUCCCAACACAACCAUCUCAAACGCCAACAUCUCAACAACAACCAGGAACAGGACCUGUGAAUAACGGUGCAGUACAUGCUCAAAUUAUGCAACAAUUUCGUCUUGCUGUACAAGCCGGUUUAAUUAGUCAAGAUUUGCUCAAUACUAAAUUACCAGCAUAUAUGUUACAACUUCUUCAAAAAUUAUUUGAACUUCAACAAAAAUAUCAAGCAUUAUCAAUUCAAUUAUCAGAUUUUUCUAAACAUAAACAACGUUUUCCAAUAACAUUUUUUCAAACGGAAUAUGAACGUUUGUCAAAAUUAAUAACACAAAAAAAACAAGAAAUGUUAGUUGUACAAAAACAAAUUCAAGAUGCACAUGCUAAACUUAUACAACAACAAUCAGGUGCACCAACACCAACAUCAACACAAAUGAUGUCAAAUGGUCCAGUAGCUCAAAAUCAACCACCACCUGGUGUAUCAUCAACACAAUCUCAAGAUCAAUUAGCUGAACGUAUGCAACAUUCAUUAAAUGUUGAUCAAUCACGUUUACAUCAAUGGACGAAACAACAAACAUCAACACGAGGACCACAUUCGUCAUCAUCAAUGUUUGGACCACCUGGUUUAACACAAAAAGAUUGGCAAACAAGUGGAAAUAAUCCAAAUGAAAAUUGGGAAAAUACUCAAACAAAUGAAUCAAAUAAUAAUAAUAAUCAAGUUGGUAAUAUUGAUCCUCAUACACACAAUAAUCAAGGAUCAUCAGCAUUUGGUGAUGCAUUAUCAGAAUAUGUUGAUGAUACAGAUGGACCACCACCAUUUAUACCUGGUCAAUUAUGGAAUUGGAAAGCAUCACUACCUAAUGCUGAAGAUGAUCCACACGUUACGCCAAGUUCAUUAACAAUGGGUCCUAAAGGACCAUCAUCAUCUAUGAAUAAUCUCAAUGUUGGUGGAGCAGAAAGUGCUUUUUCAAAUCCUCAAUUGCUUCAUCAUAUGCAUCGUCAACAUGCAAAUCGAUCACAAUGGCAGCAAACAUUACACGAUCAACAAGGUUUUCAACCAUCAAUGAAUGAUUGGGGUAAACCACAUCAAUAUCGAGGUACGUCAAAACUACAACCAUCGCUCAAUCAUCCACCACCACAUGCGUCUUUCGGCGGUUAUCGACCCUAUAUGUAG